ACGCGAAAAUAGUUUUUAUUCAUUGAAAUGUACUUAGGUAGGUAGGUAGUUACACCUAAAUAAACAGUCUGUUUAUUAUGACAAUAUAUAUUAGUCAAGUCAAUGAGUAUUCUCUAAUACUCAGAAAAUAAAACCACAUUAAAACAUCGCCAUAUAAUAUGUGUGCGAGUUAUUUAUUCAUCCCUAUUUUACAUUACUUUCCACUUUGAUAACGUGCAGGAAGUUUAAAAACAAUUUAACAAAGAUAGCCUUAUUUAUAAUAUUUGCUCAAAGGAAAAUAAGCCGUGGUUCCUUCGCUUUAAACUUCAUAUUUUAUUAUCUAAUAAGAAACUGAUCAGUCACAGCCAUACACUCUGUGGCGAUAACUAGUUAAACGCGAUAUUUAUAAGAGGAGCAGGUUGAAUCUGUGCCACUUAGUGCUUUUGUAUUGCAAGCAACGCACGUUAGUAUAGACUUUCUCGUAAUGGCUCCUAAAUAUAAAACUGAAAAAGUCGGCAUCGUCGGGAGUGGUUUGAUCGGAAGGUCAUGGUCGAUGCUAUUUGCCUCCGUGGGUUAUCAAGUGACAUUGUUUGACAUUGUGCCCAAGCAAGUUGACAACGCCCUUGAAGACAUCAAGCAACAGCUCUUAACAUUACAAAAUGACAAUUUAUUGAGAGGCGAACUGAACGCUACUGAGCAAUUUCAAUGUAUAAAAGGUUCAUCUGACCUAGCUAGUACUGUCAGGGGUGCUAUAUUUGUUCAAGAAUGUGUACCAGAAGAUUUAGCUCUCAAGAAAAAGCUAUAUAAAGAAUUGGACGCGAUUGUAGACGACAGGACAAUACUCUCCAGUUCGACUAGUUGCAUUCUGCCGUCUCGAUUUUCUGAAGAUCUGAAGCACAGAUCACAGGUUAUAGUUUCGCAUCCGGUGAAUCCACCUUACUAUGUGCCAUUAGUGGAGAUCGUGCCUGCACCUUGGACAAGACCAGAAGUGGCAGCGAAGACCAGAGAAAUAAUGUCAGAAAUUGGACAGGCACCUGUUUCCCUUUCGAAAGAAAUUGAUGGAUUUGUGUUAAAUAGAAUUCAGUAUGCUAUACUGAAUGAAGUUUGGCGUCUAGUUGAGGACAAAGUUGUGGAUGUCAAAGAUAUCGACGCCGUCAUGUCUGAAGGCCUGGGUAUGCGUUAUGCUUUCCUCGGCGCUUUUGAGACUGCGCACUUGAAUGCAGAAGGAAUGAAAAAUUAUAUUGAGAGAUAUGGGGAAACUAUUUACAAUGUAACUCAAACAUUCGGCGAGGCUCCGCGGAUGACACAAAACAGCAGUGCACCCACGAUUUGUAAUCAACUAAAUAGAAUGGUGCCUCUAGAGAGGUUGCCUGAGAGACGCGCCUGGCGUGACGCCUGCCUAACUCGUCUAUCUAUACUUAAAAAGGAAAUGAAUAAAAAUUAUAAGCAAUAAAUGCAUGCAUAUAAAUUUAAGCAUUGAUAACAAAUAAAACUCUUUUUUGUGAA